GGUGGAAGAGACAACUUACAUUAGAUUUCUCCCACUGAUGAUGAUUGGUGCCUGUUGUUGUUGUUGGUUGGUUGGGUAUCUCCAUUACCUGUGUCUUCUCUAUGUUCACGUGAAGGAAGCCCUGUCUUCGCUGCCUCAUUUGUCAACUUGUUAGUUUUCGUCUGCAGAUUUUCGAGUUUAUGUGACAAGAUAUGAGACAUAAAUCAUCAUCGUUGGCGAAAUCCGAAUCUUCCUCUGGGAUCUUUCCAUCACUACAGACAGUGUAUGCCUUUCUUCUCACAGCUCUUCACAGUUUGUUGCAUGAUCCAGUUCAGUCGAGUCGAGUCGAGUUGACCACGAUCAGGAAGACGAUAGGUGAUAGUAGGCGACAACCUUGUUUUACAUGUCAACCUGUCUUCACUUCAAACGCAUCACUGAGCUGCUUUCCAUUGUCAAUCACUUGGUAUGCAUCAUCAUCAUAUAGCAUACAGCUGGUGUUGACUGGGGUUGAUAAAGGUUUUUGGCACUAAAGCCGUAGUGUUGAAGCAGUUGCCUGUCAAAUUACUUCUCAGUCGACGCUGUCGAAGGCCUUUUCAAAGUGGAUGAAGUUGAGGUGGAGAUACAGUGGACUGGCAUUCUAUGCUCUGUUCUAUGAUG